AUGGCACAAGUAGCUACAACAAAUAAUGAUCUUACAACUCCAUCAUUUUGUUUUCAUAAUGCAACAUUCGGACAAAAUAUACGAUUAGAAAAUAAUGCAUCAAAAGCGGUUCGACAUACAUCUUUUGAUCAUGGUAUUACAUUUUCAGAUAAACCAGUUAAUAUUAAUGAACGUAUACAUUUAAGAAUUGUUGAAGUUGAUGAAACUCGUCAAUGGUGUGGUUCAUUAGCUAUAGGAUUUACUCAAGUCGAUCCAAAUACAAUUAGACAAGAAGAUUUACCUAAAUCAGCGUUGCCAAGUCUUAGUACAACUAAUAAAUAUUCUUAUGUAAAACGUCUUUAUGAAACAUUAACAAAACAACUUUGUAUUAUUUUUUAUUAUAAUCCCGAUGGAGCUUAUUUUAUUCUUGAUGGAAAAGAACAAGACAUAUCCAGAAAUAUUGAUAUCAAAAAACCUCUAUGGGCAGUUAUUGAUAUAUAUGGCAAUGUGAAAGCUGUCACUUUUACAAUUCCACCUAAAACUACUGAUGAUGGCAAAUCUUUAUUUGCUAAAUAUCCUCAAAAACCAGAUAAAUUACCAAUUCGUUAUUUUACUCAAUUAAGAUCUGAAAAUUUUCAACCAGUUACAUUUAGUAAUGUUCAUGGUCCUGAAUUGGAAUUAUAUUGUGAAUAUAAAGUUGCAUUACGUAAACGUGUUCAAAAACUAGUCCGACCUUAUUUAUUUAUUAAUUUUCCUUUAGCACCUGGUGAUGAACUUUAUAUACGUAUUUUAUCUAUUGAUCCAAACUAUCGAACACCAGGAAUAUUUGGUUUUACUAAUGUUCGUCCAUCAAAAUUUGCUGAUAAACUAGAAACUUUACCAGCAAUAGAUCCAGCAGCAUUAGUCGAUCGUAAAGAAUAUUGGCUUUUACGUGAAGAACCAUUUGAUGAUACUCUAAGUGAAUUAGAUGAAUAUAGAAUAUUAUUUGAUAGAACAAGUGGUGAAAUAUUAUUAUGUCGUAAUAAUGAUACAGUAUCUCAACCACGUAUAUUAACAUUUGCUGAUCUUAAUGAAACAUUUUAUCCAUUUUUAUUUUUAAAUGGUCGUAUAACAGCUCUAUCUGUAUUUGGUUUAAUUGCACCAAAUGUUCGAUUAACUGAAACAAAUCAUAAUAUAAAUUCAAACAAUCGAACAGAUAAUGAGGUUGAUGAUGAUGAUUCUGAUCGUUGUACGAUUUGUUAUGAUGCUAAAGCAACUUGUGUACUUAUACCAUGUGGUCAUAUGAUUUUUUGUACGAAAUGUAAAGUUGAUUAUGAAAUUAGAUCAACAAAAACUUGUCCUAAAUGUCGAGCAACCUACGAACAAGCUAUUGAAGUUGAAGUCGAUUAG